AUGGAUCCCGCUAGCGGUGUUUCCAUUCCUGGAAACACCUUUCAAUUCCUCACCCUAGCGUAUACCGUAUCCUCUCGACUAACAACGUACUGCAAGGCUAGCAGCGAGACUCCUCCGAUAUUCCAUGAGCUGUCCGUUCAGAUUCCUCUAGUCGCUGAUAUAUGCCAAAAACUCCAAGACGAUUCUUCGAUCACCCCAGAACGACUAUCUCAUGUUCUAAAGGGGUGCAGUCGUAUCCUUGAGACCCUGAACCAGAUAUUGUCAAAGGUCAUCCCUGAAACGGGCGACUCCGUAAGGUCCAAAGUCCGAAAGGGAAUAAAAAGCGUUACCAUUGAGAAUAAAGCCAAAGAAUGCAAGACUGAGCUAGAGAGUUACAAAGCGACAUUAACGCUUUAUCUUAGUGCCCAAAGACCAUUCUUAGCUCACGCAGCUCUUGAACUUCCAACCUAUCACUAUCUGCCGUCGUUGGGACAAGCGAAAUUCAUCGGGCGGAAACAGCUUCUCAAGGCCAUCGACCGUGUAUUAAAAGCGGGAGGUCGAGACACCUGUGUUGCAGUCCUGCUGGGAAUGGGCGGACAGGGCAAAACUAGCCUAGCCAUCGAAUAUUGCAGAGGAGAGAAAUCCCGGGAACACUUCAAGACGAUUCUGUGGAUAAACAGCGUCUCGCACCUCUCCAUCCAACGGAGCUUCGCAGAGAUUGCAAAGAACAUUGUAGCUUUGUCUGGCGAGCAGCGAGUCUUCCCUUCAUCUAAAGCUCAGAUUACCUUUAUACACGGUAUUGUCGAGAGCAGAAGCGCUCCGUGGCUCUUCGUAUUUGAUAACUACGAUUGGCCUCAGAAGGUCAAACGCGUGCUCGAUUACGCGCCACACUCAGCGAAAGGAGCAGUGAUAAUGACGACUCGACAUGCGGAUGUUGCUCAGUUAGGAACGCUUAUUCCUGUAUCCGGGAUGAACGAAGUCGAUGCGGUCGAACUUCUCUUGGAACGCACUGGUCAUGCACGCACUAUCGGCAACUUAGAACAGGCAAAGGCUGUAGUGAAGAUGCUUGGAUAUUUGCCUCUAGCCAUUGAUCAGAGCGCAGCUUAUAUUCGUUCUCGAAAGAUCUCUCCCGAGCAAUUUCUUGAUCACUAUAAAACUAGGAAAGAAAAAUUAUUGAAGUACCUUCCGUCUGUGUGGGACUAUCAACGAUCCUCGGGGGACGACGAAGAUGAGCCUCCGCCUCUUAGUGUUUUUACAACAUGGGAAAUGUCCUUUACCCAAGCUGAGGAACACAGCCCUAUUGGCGAUAAUAUUGGACACUUCCUUACCAUACUUGGAUUUUUCUCUCCACUGCAGAUUCGGAUGGAGAUGUUCCAGGCCUACUAUGAAGGGAUUCAACCCACGGGUGCUAACGCUUCGUCUUGGCUAGAGCCAUUCUCGGAUGGAUCAAGCUGGGAUAAAUAUGAAUACCAGGACGCUGUUGUAUUCGUAUCCGAAUUAUCUCUUGUGACACACAGCGAAACAUCCACUGAUCCCGAUGACCAACUACAAGAUGCCCCCGGCUUCUGUACCAUUGCACUGCACCCGCUAGUGCGGGACUGGGUGCAACUCAGGGUUCCGACUAGCGAGAGAAGGAAAUAUACCAUCGAGGCCAUAAUUAUCCUCGAACAUUACAUAAUCUCCGCGGGCGAUGAUUAUCGAAACUGGCCUUUGAAAAUACGGCUUCAAGCUCUUUCUCAUGUCGACGCAACCCUGGAACUUCAGUCGAAGUACGCGACCGACUGGGCCAAUACUGAUUACAACGAACUCCGUAAGGCCUUGUGUGUGAUAUGCUCCUUCUAUGCCGACAACGGCAGGUAUGAGGAGUCUGAAAGGAUAUGCAAAGAGAUCCUACACGCCGAUACCAAAGGCCCGGACACGAAAUCUCAAGCCGAAUCAGCAGAGCUCCAGCUAACAGACAUCUUCCUACUCCAAGGACGCUACGACGAAGUAGAAGAAAUCAUCGCCAGGCUCCUCGGGUCCUCGAAAAAUAAAAGUGAUAAGAAAACCAAAGUCCACAUGGAGAAGAACCUCGCAAAAGCCUUUUCGAAACAGGGACGAUAUGACGAGGCCGCUGCUCUAUACCACGAUGUUCUAGAGCAGCAAGCAUCUUUUCUCCCCAUAAACGACCUAGAUGUGCUCCACACAAAGGAGAACCUUGCAUACGUAUAUCGCAACCAGGGCCUGCAUCUCAAAGCCAUCGAUCUCUACGAAGCUAUCCUAGAGGCUUAUCGCCUUGCUGGCCUCGAGGACCAUCUGGAUGCAUUGAACUCUAUGGUUAAUCUCGCUAGUACAUAUCGUGCUCAGGCACAAUACAGCCUCGCGACACCUCUGUACGAAAAAGCUAGCAAAGAGAUCUCGGCCAAGCUCCAUGCGGACCACCCGACGGCACUCUCCACCAAAUCUUUCAUGGCCAUCAACCUUAGAGAGUUGCAGCGACACGAAGAAGCCGAACACGCUUUCCGUGAUGUUGUCGAACGAUCUGCUAGGGUUCUAGGGUUGCUUCAUCCUGACACACUCAAAGCUACGAUGAAUUUCGCUAUCCUAUGCGAUAGGACGGGUAAACCGUUUGAAGCCGAGGAGCUGUAUCGAACUACACUCAUAGGUAGAGAACAGAAGUUGGGUACGGAUAACCCAUAUACACUACGCACUGUGGAACGACUUGUCAGUUUGCUGUGGUCACAAAACCGCCUUGAGGAGGCUCUGGAGAUUACUGCGAAGGCACUCAAAGCUCAGCAGAGAGGUUCGUUGGAGGAAGAAAUGAAGACCCUAAACCUCGAUAAACUAGACAAAAUUGACACAACCUGGCCCUACCGACCCGUCGAAAUACUCUUUGAAAGCGCCGUAGCAAGAGACAAUGCAAAACUAGCAGCAGCCCACCGCGACCGCAUCGAGACGCAGAAAUCCCUGGCUCGCGUUUACGAGUCACAUGGAAAAUUAGAGGAAGCCGGAGAACUGCAAAGGCUUGCGGAGGCGGGGGAGGAGGUGUUGAGGCUGCAAUUGUGGCAGACGGCGAGCCAGUGGAGGGGGUCGAGGGAGACGCUUGUGGAGACGGGGGUGGAGCCGUCGCCUUUGAUGCUGGAAUCACUUCCGGAAACGACUGGGCGGACAUCGAGUGAGGGAACGAGUGAGAGGGGUCGGUCUUAGAAUGCAAGUGGGUGAAAGCUAUUAUCAUCGUGGCUCAGCUACUUUCACCGACCCCUAGUUUCUGAACACUAUACCGAAACGCCUUCAAUAAUCAGACGCAGGUACAGAUCUAGGGACAAGAUACGCCGUAGCCACGCAGCUCGAAUUGGGUUUCACGUUCAUCCAUUCUAUGACCUUGUAUAUUAGAAAUAGAGUAUUAAUUGAGACAAGACCCUCGUUAUUUAUGGGGGUUUGUCUUUGAAUAUCGCGAG